AUCACUGCAGUCCUGCAACUUUUACAAGAAACAAAAAACAAAUACCAUUUAUCCAAUAUCCUUCGAUUGUUUCCUUGUUUUCACUCUAUAAUCAUUUGAACUUUGAUCACUGUACACCACUGCUUUAGUGCUUUUGUUUUCUGCUUUCAUGUACAUUUAUCAUUACAAUGGCUGCAGAAGCUUCCACUUUAUGGCAACUGGCACAAGAUCUGACUUGUCCUGUAUGCCUGCAAACAUUUGAAAAUCCAGUAACAACUCCAUGCGGACACAGUUACUGCCAGGACUGCUUAGCGAAGGCAUGGAGACAGGUAGAUGAAACUGGUUUUUUCAGAUGUCCCCAGUGUAGGUAUUCUUUUCCAGAGAAACCAAAUAUUAACAAAAGUACUAGCCUUCAGAAUAUUCUAACCAGGCUUAGAGGAAAUACAGAGCUGGAAGGUAAUAUGCUUCAACCUGGCGAAAUCCCAUGUGACAUUUGCCAGGCAUACAAAGCCGAAGAGACCUGUUUGACCUGUAUUGCCUCUUACUGCCAAACUCACAUAAAACCACACUUGAACAAUCCAGUAUUUAAAGACCACCUACGUACAGACCCCCUCAAGGACCUACAGGAGAGAAAGUGCCAGGAUCACAUCAAGUUAUUGGAGUUUUACUGCAAGGAACAUGCAGAGUGUCUGUGCUGUGUUUGCUUGGCUAACCAUAAUUUGUGUGAGUACUCAACAAUGGAAGAAGAAAGGAGACAUAAAGAGACAAACCUCAGAGACCAGCUGACGGUACUUGAAAACAAAAUCCAAGCAGCUGAGGAAGUGAUUGGUAGCAUAAAACUACAGAAGAAAUAUGUCAAGGAAACUGCAUCAGAAACAAAAGCAAAUCUUGAAAAGGCUUUUACAGAAAUUAAACUUCUGAUUAAAGAGGAAGAAGCAAAGGCAAGGAGGUAUGUACAACAGGAAGAAACACGGCUGCAAGAGCAGAUUCAAGUGACUUUAGAUACUUUUUCCAAGAUGUGUGAUCAUCUGAGUAAAAUGAAAGCACAGAUCAGCCAGCAGAUAUCUGCAGCUAAUAGCAUGGCCAUCUUUCAGAAAACCAUAGUCCUAGAUCUGAAAAGUUCUGAUGAUCUUUCUAAUCCUGUCAUAGAGACAGACAUGGAGAAAUUACAAAAUAUCUGCAACAGUGUGCCCUUGAUGAAGAAUUUAAUUAAAUAUCAAAUAUGCCGUAUAUUGAAGGAAAAAUUGUUGCCAGCUGAGUGGCCAGAAACAAAUGAAAAAGAAUCACCAACCAAAUCAAGACCCAAAACAGAGAAAAGAAGGCAGUCUCUUUUUAAAUCACGUAAUGAAUUUCUAGAGUAUGCUUCAAAACCCACACUGGAUAUUUGCACAGCCCACAGGAGGAUUAGUCUAUCAAAGGAAUUCUGCAGAGUUUCACUUACUGAUACUCCUCAGGAUUAUCCUGACAGUCCACAAAGAUUUUUGGAUUGCUUUCAAGUGUUAUCUACAGAAGAAUUCUCUACUGGCUGCCAUUACUGGGAAGUGAAUAUGAGUGAAAAGAGUUUCUGUAGCAUAGGAAUUGCAUAUAGGAGCAUUAAAAGAAUGGGUCUGGAGAGCCUUUUUGGAAGAAAUACAAGCUCAUGGUGUAUAGAAAAGUUUAAUUUAAAGCUUUAUACAUGGCAUGCUGACAAUGAGAUCUGUUUGCCUAACCCAGAUGGACUUGGUUCUGUAGUAGGAAUAUUCCUGAACUGUGAUGAGGGCUUUGUGUCUUUUUAUUCUGUCACUGAUACAAUGACUAUCCUGCAUGAGUAUCAGAUCCAAGUCAAAGAGCCUGUCUGCCUAGCUAUUGGGAUUUUCUCCAGUACUACCACCCUGGAGCUGUGUGAUCUGCAUUGAUUCAUUGUCUCUUAGUGGCAGUUGUUUCAGAAAGGUAUAUCCAUGGUAGUUCUGAUGCCACAUAAUGGUACUCAGAAAAGGGGUUACUUAGUUGCUGCUAACUGGUAUCACAUACCAGUAAUAAAGAACUUGCAUAUGUUAUCUAUGGAUAUCGACACAUGCAGGGCUGAUAUAUGUACAUUCACAUCAGUUACUUAUGUUAAGGCAUCAUGCAUGUACACUCAGUUCCACCUUGGACAUUGUGUAUUUACUACAGUUAUACAGCUGUAUGGACCUGGGAAAACACAGAAUAACAAAUGGCAAUGUGGUUAACUGACAUGUGCAUGAAACAUCUCUAUUCUUGAAACCGAGAGAAUUAAGUGAAAAAAUUAAACAUACAUUCUGUUGCAAAAUGUAAUAAGAAAUCCCGUGAUGGCAAACUAGGUGGUUCUAUAAAAUAUUGACCAAAAUGGAAUUAAAAGUGAUUAUAGAACUGUUUAUUUUGAGAACUAGUCAAGAUAGUGUAAAGCUUAGGCAGGAAUAUUGACUUAAGAGGGCAUAUAGUACACUUUCACAUGAUAGUGUAUGUGAACUUUCCAGAGCAAUAAUUGCAAAGCUUAAUUACCAAGAGAGCUCAUUAAUGGUCAUUGCAAAGUUCUAAAAAGUGAAUUUAUAAUGGUGUGCAUUUACUGAAGGAACUCAUUAAUGGGCAGAUAUCACAACAAUCUAUGUACAGUAAAUCUAUAUAUAUCAGAAAACAGUGCAUACUUACUGGAGGAGCAUAUUAACAGUUAAAGCAUUACAGUAGUUAAUGUAUAGUGAAUUUCUGCAUAUCAGCAAUCAGGGGGAUACUAUAUACAUUAUUGUGAGCAACAUACAGUGAAAGUAUAUGUAAACAGUAUUCGCAUAUCAAAAACAAAUGUAUUAAUGGUCCAACUCUACUAUAAUCAAACUAUGGUGAAUUCACUGUAACACGGAUUAAGAAACAGAGUUUGAAUAAACAAAUUUUAACUAA